AUGGAGAACGCCAAACUGUUUGCUGAGACCCACCGCAAGGAGUUGAACCCCGAGGUAAUCCUGCAGUCCGCCUUCGACAAGGUGCUGAACGACAAGGAGGUGGAGGCGGGCAGCGCGACGGCGUGUGUGGCGACGCUGCGCAAGGGGGACACGGGAGACCACGUCCUCGACGUCGCCAACGUCGGCGACAGCGGCCUCCUCGUGGUGCGCAACCGCCAGGUGCUGCACCGCGUGCACGAAAAGGUGCACGGCUUUAACGCCCCGUUCCAGCUGGCGGUUGUGCCUCCCCACCUUCGCGGCCGCGCCUUCUCAGACAAAGUCAGCGACGCCAUACGCGAGAAGGUGGGGGUGCAGAAGGGCGACGUCGUCAUCGCCGCCACGGACGGCUUCUUCGACAACCAGUUCAACGCCACCAUCGCCUCCGACGCCGGCUGGAUCGGGAAGGUGGAGGGGAGCGCGCUCGAUCGGGUGCCGCUCGUUGGCUUCGUCUUGAGCGCCGUCUUCGCGGAUGAGAAGGUCGCCUACAUUGACCCGCAGCGCGUGGCGCAGCGACUCGUGCAGAGCGCCUACAAGGUCUCGCUGGACCACGAGGCCCACACCCCGUGGGCCUCGAUGCUGCGCAAGUUCGGCGCAGAGGACGCAAAGGGAGGUAAGACGGACGACAUCACCGUCGUCUUGAGUCGCGUCACAACGCGCGAUGAGCUCAGCACCAGCAACAUGUGGUAG